GUACUCCGUGGUGCUGCGAAUUAUUUUAACCUGUAUUCAGAGCUAUGAAUGGUAGUGCAAAUUCUUAAAAUUUAAAAUUAUUGAAUUACCCGGUAAUAAAUGGCAUAAAUGGUAUAUACAUCAACGAUUUCGUUAAUUCGGGACAUCAAAAUCUAACAAAAAAAUUAUACAUCGUUGCUGCGUAAAGAUUAAAUAAGCCCGCAAUAUUAAGAAAAAUGGAUGUCGAUACAGAUGGCAGGAGUUCACGGUCUCGCAGCAAAUCUGUAGAGUCGGACUCCAAGAUGUCUCACGACGGCUCCGCCCGCUCCAAGUCCGGCUCGCGCAGCCCUUCGCAGUCUCCGUCGAGGUCCCGCUCCAACUCCUCCCGCUCGCGGAGCGGCUCCCGCGCGUCGUCGCGUUCGGCCAGGUCCCGCAGCGGCUCGCCGAGAAAUUCGAGGUCCAGAAGCGGCUCUCCGCGAAAUUCCCGAUCCACGAGUGGCUCUCCGCGAAGAUCGAGGUCCAGGAGCGGUUCGGCCGCCUCGAACGCGAGGUCCAGAAGCGGAUCUCCGGCGAAAUCCCGCUCCCGAAGCGCCUCGCGGGCCAAGUCUAGAUCUAGAAGUGGAUCUGGCAGCGGAUCGCCGAGAUCUCGAUCUAAGAGCGGGUCACCUAGAAAAUCGAGAUCAAAAAGUGGAUCUCCUCGGAAAUCCGUGUCCACUAAUGGUUCCCCUCGAAAAUCGAGAUCUCGAAGUCGGUCUCCGGGAAAGUCGGGCUUCAAGAGUGGAUCACCCAGUAAAUCCAGAUCCAGAAGUCGGUCAGCCGCGAGGUCUAGAUCUCGAAGCGAGUCGAAGGCACGAUCGCGUUCAAAAAGCGGGUCCCCCGGCAUAUCUGCUACUAGGAAAUCGAGGUCAAAGAGUAAAUCUCCGAAUGCGAACGCAAUGAAGAGAGCAUCACCGGAAAAAUCCAGAUCUCGAAGCGCAUCACCCAAAAAGGCGUCAAGUAAAUCUCCCGAGAAGCGAGCGAGAAGUGCAUCAGCCGACAAGAUGGACGUCGAUGGCGCGGCGCCCGCGCGAGGCCGGGCGAGUCGCUCGCGCUCCAGGACGGGCUCUCGCAAGUCGGCGUCGCGUUCCCGGUCGAGAUCGCGCUCGGGAUCCAAGUCCCGCGCCCGCUCCGGGUCCCGCUCGAGGUCCAAGUCCCGCGCCAGAUCCAAGUCCCGCUCCAGAUCCAAAUCCAAGUCCCGAUCGCGCUCUCGCUCCGGCUCGCGCUCCGGCUCCGCGAAGUCGCGGUCGCGGUCGCGCUCGCGGUCGCGCUCGCAGUCGGGCUCGCCGUCGGGCUCGCCGUCGGGCUCGCCGUCGGGCUCGCCGGCGCCGAGAGACGGCGGCAAGCGGCGCGCCGUGCGGCUGCCGUCGGACGACGAGGCCGCCGACGCCGACAAGCCGCCGCCGCCCGCCGUAGACGCCGACUCGUCCGACGACGACGUGGCGCCCGACUCCAAGAGCGCGGAGGCGGCGGGCGGGCUGUCGGACUUCGAGGCCAUGCUGGCGCGCAAGCGCGACGAGCGGCGCGGGCGGCGGCGGCGGCGCGACAUCGACAUCAUCAACGACAACGACGACCUCAUCGCGCAGCUGCUGCGCCAGAUGCGCGCGGCGGCGGACGAGGACCGCGAGCUCAACCGGCGCAGCCUGCCCGCCGUGCGCAAGGUGGCCAUGCUGCGGCGCGCCAUGUCGCAGCUCAUCAAGCGGGACCUGCAGCUGGCCUUCCUGGAGCACGGCGCGCUCAGCGUGCUGUGCGACUGGCUGGCGCCGCUGCCCAGCCGCGCGCUGCCCUGCCUGCCCAUCCGCGAGGCCGUGCUGCGCCUGCUGCAGGCGCUGCCGCCCGUGGACAAGGCGCUGCUCAAGCAGUCGGGCGUGGGCAAGGCCGUCAUGUACCUCUACAAGCACCCCAAGGAGACCAAGGCCAACCGCGAGCGCGCCGGCCGCCUCAUCUCCGAGUGGGCGCGCCCCAUCUUCAACCUGUCCGCCGACUUCAAAGCCAUGACGCGCGAGGAGCGCCAGGCGCGCGACGAGGCCAUGGCGGGCACGCGCCGCGACGAGCCCGGCCCGUCCGCCAAGCGCGCGCGCGAGGAGCCCGAGCGGCCGCUGCGGCCCGGCGAGCCCGGCUGGGUGGCGCGCGCGCGCGUGCCGGCGCCGUCCAGCAAGGACUACGUGGUGCGGCCCAAGUCCACGUGCGAGCUGGACAUGUCGCGCAUGACCAAGAAGAAGAUGACGCGCUACGAGAAGCAGAUGAAGAAGUUCCUGGACCAGAAGCGCAUGAAGGGCAGCACGCGCCGCGCCGUCGACAUCUCCAUUGAGGGCCGCAAGAUGGCGCUGUGAGCACGCGCCGCGCCGUCGACAUCUCCAUCGAGGGCCGCAAGAUGGCGCUGUGAGCACGCGCCGCGCCAUCGACAUCUCCAUUGAGGGCCGCAAGAUGGCGCUGUGAGCACGCGCCGCGCCGUCGACAUCUCCAUCGAGGGCCGCAAGAUGGCGCUGUGAGCACGCGCCGCGCCAUCGACAUCUCCAUUGAGGGCCGCAAGAUGGCGCUGUGAGCACGCGCCGCGCCGUCGACAUCUCCAUUGAGGGCCGCAAGAUGGCGCUGUGAGCACGCGCCGCGCCGUCGACAUCUCCAUCGAGGGCCGCAAGAUGGCGCUGUGAGCACGCGCCGCGCCGUCGACAUCUCCAUUGAGGGCCGCAAGAUAGCGUUGUGAGCACGCGCCGCGCCGUCGGCAUCUCCAUCGAGAGCCGCAAGGUGGCGAUGGCACGCGCUGCGCCGUCGGUAUCUCCAUCAAGGGGCCCCAAGAUGGCGCUGGCAAUGGCACUUAUAUCUAACUCGUCUUAUUAUGCAGGCAAUCUAUUCAAUACAAACAGUGAAAAAUAUCUUUUAAAACAUAGAAGAAAAACUUUGUAGUUGUAAUGAAUAAACCAAUAAAAUAAAAAGUGAUUAAGUAUAUUCUCUAUGCAUGCUAUUAUUAUUAUUUUUCUUUCAUGUUUUCAAAACGAUUUUUACACUGAAUAGUAACUAAAAGAUUAUUUUCAUAAUGAGACACGUAAGGUAAAAUGAACCGUAAGCAAUUCUUAACUUCAAACUUAUACAAGUAUCCUCAAUAUAAAAUUUGCGAGUGCGUAACUUAGCUUUCGACUAUCCAUACUGUAACGCGUCAAGAACGCUGGCUGUAGGAGUUAAUUUUAAUUUAAAAUCGAGCGAAAUGUGUUUAAUUCCUCUUGACGUUACAGUGUCAUGAUACUCGGAAACGGCUGCGACUGCCGGCGUGCAAAUGUUAUUUAUAUGUUAUUCUUACAUACCCGGACUGCUCGCCCGCCCGGCCCUGCAUGACACGGAGGCGGGCCAUGUACAUAAACACUAGUUGAAUAAGGACAUUACGCGCUCUAGCGUCAGUUCAUUCCUUGACCUAGGAUGGACUAGCUUGUCGAGGUUAAAAAGGAUUGAGUCGAUUUCUAUCAAUUUUUUCAUUUAUUAUCUGACAAUUUAAAAAAUAUUGAAAAAUAUAAAUGAAGACCAAAGGAGUCCCCGCACGGGUUCUUACUCCGACGUAAAUAUCUGCGAAUUAUUAUUUAUACUGUAUAUUUUUCAGCAAUGCUGUAAUUUAAGUUGCGAAAUGGAGACGUAUAAGCUAGUUGAGCGGCAAAGCGCCCGCUGGCGGCGCCCAGCGCGCCGGACGCCAAGUAUAUCAUACUGUAGAAUAAGCACUGAGCGCGGACGUUGUGAUGUUUUAUUUUAAGUUAUAUCGAAUUAAGAAAAAUAAAAAUGACUGAAUA